CUUACAGGCUCAGCGCUUGCGAGGAAGUCGGAAGUUGCCGCUUGCGCUGCACCUUGGGCUUGAUUGUGUGGGGAGCUGGGUCAGCUCGGUAGCCCCACCAUGGUGAGCGAGUGGUUGCUCUCCACAGAUGGGGAAGAAUGGUGGGCCAAGACGAGCGAGGGACUGCAGUCCCCAGGCAGAGAGGAGUGGCCGGCCAUGAAUGCAGUGACCUAUGAUGAUGUGCAUGUGAACUUUACUCAAGAAGAGUGGGCUUUGCUGGAUCCUUCUCAGAAGAAUCUCUAUAAAGAUGUGAUGCUGGAGACCUACUGGAACCUCACUACUAUAGGCUACAAUUGGGAAGACCAUAACAUUGAAGAACAUUGUGAAAGUUCUAGAAGACACAAAAGACACAAAAGAAAUUAUACUGGAGAGAAAACCCAUGAAGUUAUUCAAUAUGGUGAAGCCAUUGCACAUCAGAGUAUUCUAAAAAUACAUAAAGGAACUCUUAUUGGAGAGAAACACUAUGAAUGUAAUCAGUAUGGUAAAGCCUUUGCAAGUCAUGGUCAUCUCCGAAUACAUAAAAGAACGCAUAAUGGAGAGGAACCAUUUGAAUAUAAUCAAGGUGGUAAACCCUUUGAAAGUCACAGUAGUCUCCAAGUACAUAAAAGAACACAUACUGGAGAGAAGCCCUAUGAAUGUAAUCAGUGUGGUAAAGCCUUUGCAAGUCACAGUAGUCUCAAAAUCCAUCAAAGAACACAUACUGGAGAGAAACCCUAUGAAUGUAAUCAAUGUGGUAAAGCCUUUGCAUAUCGCUGUACUCUGCAAAAACAUAAAAGAUUGCAUACUGGAGAUAAACCGUAUGAAUGUAAUCAAUGUGGUAAAGCCUUUUCACAACUCACUAAUCUUCAAAUGCAUAAAAGAACACAUACUGGAGAGAAACCUUAUGAAUGUAAUCAAUGUGGUAAAGCCUUUGCAUAUCAUAGUUAUCUACAAAUCCAUAAAAGAACACAUACUGGCGAGAAACCCUAUGAAUGUACUCAAUGUAGUAAAGCCUUUGCAUUUUAUAGUAAUCUCCAAAUACAUAAAAGAAGACAUACUGGAGAAAAACCCUAUGAAUGUAAUCAAUGUGGUAAAGCCUUUGCUGAACAGAGUCUUCUUCAAAUGCAUAAAAGAACACAUACUGGAGAGAAACCCUAUGAAUGUAAUCAAUGUGGUAAAGCCUUUGCAAGUCAUGGUCAUCUCCAAAGACAUAAAAGAACACAUACUGGAGAGAAACCGUAUGAAUGUAGUCAAUGUGGUAAAGCCUUUGCAAGUCAUGGUCAUCUCCAAGGACAUAAAAGAACACAUACUGGAGAGAAACCCUAUGAAUGUAGUCAGUGUGGUAAAGCCUUUGCAUUUUACAGUAAUCUCCGAAUACAUAAAAGAAGACAUACUGGAGAGAAACCCUAUGAAUGUAAUCAAUGUGGUAAAGCCUUUGCUGAACAAAGUCCUCUUCAAAUGCAUAAAAGAACACAUACUGGAGAGAAGCCCUAUGAAUGUCCUCAAUGUGGUAAAGCCUUUUCACAACUCACUAAUCUUCAAAUGCAUAAAAGAACACAUACUGGAGAGAAACCCUAUGAAUGUAAUCAAUGUGGUAAAGCCUUUUCACAACACAGUCAUCUUCAAAUGCAUGAGAGAACACAUACUGGAGAGAAACCCUAUGAAUGUAAACAAUGUGGUAAAGCUUUUGCACAUCAGAGUACUCUCCAAAAACAUAAAAGAUUACACACUGGAGAGAAACCCUAUGAAUGUAAUCAAUGUGGUAAAGACUUUUCACAACUCAAUAAUCUUCAGGCACAUACAAGAACACAUACUGUAGAGAAGUCCUUUGAAUGUACUCAAUGUGGUAAAGCCCUUGCAUGUAUCAGAAGUCUUCUAAAUCAUGAGAAAAAGUCAUCCUGCAGAGAAACUCUGUGAAUAUACUCAAAUCAUCCUGUAAAGAAACCCUGUAAUUGUAGUCAGUGUGGUCAUGUUUUGCAUUUUGUGAUAGCCUUUUACAAGAGUAAAUUUUUAGUUUGCAACCAAUCUGUUAAUAUCACAGUAAUCUUUGAUGAUCUGAAACACUAAUACCAGAGGGAAUAUGACAAUAAAAAUUUGGUAAAAUUUUUGAACAAGAAAAAAAUCCGACAAUAUCAACAGUCUUGUCUAGCAUGAUAAUAUCCAUUUUUUACUUUGUUUGCACCUUCAUACUCAUUGACAACAGCCCUACUUAUUUAAAGAAUAAAGUAACUCUUUUAGAUUUCAUACUUCUCUUCAAUUACAUGAAAUGUCUAAUUCAGGUGUAAAAGUUUAUGGAUGUGUAUUAGUGCCUUUUCUGUUGUUGUGACAAAACACAAUGUCUAUGUCAACUUAUGAAUGUUUAGUCCUUAGUUCUGGAGGGAUACAGGAUCACCAUGAAAGUGGCAUAGCAAUAAAUGUCAGACUUGGCAGGUGAAGCAGAAGGCUAGGAUCUCACAUCCUCAACCUGCAGCAUGAUCUAUUACAUAAACCAAUUCAUAAUGAAGAAAACCUCAGUAAAUAAACCUUUAGCUACCUGAAUACCUGUGUUAAAAGAAUAAGUACUUACAAGAGAAAAUUAAUGAUAGACUCUUGGAUCUUCUUGUAUUGGGAGUUACAAGAAGUUGUCAAAAACCUGACCUUGGUCCUGGGAAUAAAGUUUUCUUAACUGCUCA